AUGGGCCCACCAAGCGCAGCUACAGGCAAAAAUGCUGCCGCAGUGCAGCCGGCAGCGGCGGGCGCGGUCAAGAGGACGGCUAAGCAGGCUUUCGAGGAGGAUCCGUCAACACCACCACUAGUCAAGAUGACUUCCGCACCAUAUGCCCCUCAACGUCAUAUCAACGACCACUACGAUAUCGUUGGCUUCAUCAGCAGCGGAACAUACGGCCGCGUCUACAAGGCUGUCUCCAAACGCCCGACCACCACUUCUCAACCCACCCAACAGACAGCAAUCAUCAAGCACCCCACCACCGGCAAGCCCAUCGAAGCCUUCGCCAUCAAGAAGUUCAAGCCCGACAAAGAAGGCGAGCUCCAAUACACGGGCAUCUCCCAAUCCGCCAUCCGCGAGAUGGCCCUCUGCACCGAGCUCUCCCAUCCAGCCCUCAUUCACCUCGUCGAAAUCAUCCUCGAAAGCAAAUGCAUCUUCAUGGUCUUCGAGUACGCCGAGCACGACCUCCUGCAAAUCAUCCACCAUCACUCCCUGCUCAAUCGCACGCCCAUCCCCGCCUCCACCCUCCGCAGCUGCACGCAUCAACUCCUCUCCGGCCUGCUCUACCUCCACCGUAACUGGGUCAUCCAUCGUGACCUCAAGCCCGCCAACAUCAUGGUCACCUCCUCCGGCGCGAUCAAGAUUGGCGAUCUCGGCUUAGCCCGCUUAUUCCACAAACCCCUCCACGCACUCUUCAGCGGAGACAAGGUGGUCGUGACCAUAUGGUACCGUGCCCCCGAACUCCUCCUGGGAAGCCGGCACUACACACCCGCCAUCGACCUGUGGGCGGUUGGGUGCAUCUUCGCGGAAAUGCUGUCUCUACGACCAAUCUUUAAAGGCGAAGAAGCGAAGCAGGACUCCAAGAAAGCAGUACCCUUCCAACGGAACCAAAUGGGUAAGAUUGGAGAGAUCCUCGGCUUGCCCACGAAGUCCCAGUGGCCUUUACUACCCGCAAUGCCUGAGGCUUCGAACUUGCAGAGUGUAGCUCUGCACAACCCAGCCGUCAACCGCGCCGCAGGGCUCGAGAAAUGGUACCGCAACAUCGUCGCCUCCAACAACUACGCCACAGCCUCCGCAUCCGCGAACGCUCCAUCAACUCGCGGACCGCCGCCUGACUCCGCACUCGACCUUCUAAAGCAACUGCUCACAUACGACCCACUGAAACGUAUAUCAGCAGAGCAAGCAUUACAGCACAAGUACUUUGUCGGCGAAAGCGGACAAGAGAAGGUCGGGUGGAAUUGUUUCGAGGGGCUGGAGAGCAAGUAUCCGGCGCGCAAAGUUAGUACUGAGACGAAUGAGAUUGGGACGGGGAGUUUGCCGGGGACGAAGAGGAGUGGGUUGCCGGAUGAUGGGUUGAGGAGUGGUGUGGGGGGUGUUGGGGGGAAGAGGUGA